AUGGGCAGUGGGAGCUCAGCCUGGAUGCCACUGUGCCAGGGUUCCUCUCCACUUGCAUUCCCUCUCUUUCCAGGCUUUGACCCUAAGCUCUUCCUGGUUUUCUUCCUGGGCCUGCUGUUGUUUUUCUGUGGGGACAUGCUGAGCAGGAGCCAACUCUUCUACUACUCGGCUGGGAUCAGCUUUGGCCUGUUGGCCUCGCUGCUCGUCCUCGUCUACGUGAUGUCCAAGGUCAUGCCCAAGAAAAGCCCUGUGUACUUCCUGCUGGUGGGAGGCUGGUCCUUUUCCCUCUACCUGCUGCAGCUGGUCUUCAAGAACCUGCAGGAGAUCUGCAAGUCCUACUGGCAGUACCUGCUAGGUUACCUGCUGCUCGUGGGCUUCCUGAGCUUCGGCGUGUGCUACAGGUACGGCCCCUUGGAGAACGAGCGCAGCAUCAACCUCCUCUCCUGGGCCCUGCAGCUCCUGGGGCUCCUGCUGAUGUACUCGGGCAUCCAGAUCCACCCCAUCGCCCUGGCCCUGGUGCUGGUUGCUGUCUGCACCAAGAACCUGGACUACCCCUUGCAGUGGGCCUUCGCUGUCUAUCGGAGAGUGCAGAGCUCCAGGCUGGGCCCGAGCCCCCGCCGGCUGCUGACAGAGGAGGAGUAUCGGCUGCAGGGCGAGGUGGAGACGCGCAGGGCCCUCGAGGAGCUGCGCAGCUUCUGCCAGAGCCCCGAUUUCUCCGCCUGGACCGCCGUGUCCCGCAUCCAGUCUCCCAAAAGGUUUGCUGAGUUCGUGGGUGGUGCCUCUCACGUCACCCCCAGCGAGGUGUCUGUGCACGAGCGGGAGUUCGGCCUGGAGAGCCUCUUCAUCAACGAGCAGCUCUUCGAGGAGGAGGAGGAGGAGGAGAUGGGCAACAGUGCUGGGAAUCAUGGGAGUUAUUCCCUGUCCCACAACCACCUGGAUGGCCACUGAGGCGCCUGCGAGGGCGAUGAGAGGAACUUUGUCCCUGUCCCACGGGUACCUGCGUGCUCAGCACCUGCCUGGAGCCGGGGAGGGAGCUGCUGCUCCUGCUCCUCCCUUACCAAAGAUGUCAGAGGGCUCCAGCUGGUCAGGCCACACCUCUGCCUUGGCUUUGAUCCACGUGUGGAUACCAAAACCUCCUGUGCCUCCCUGGUGGAGCUGUGGGGCUCAGAGAAGGCAGCCUCGAGGUCCAUGGGCUGCUCCCAGCUGUAGUGUUGGGGUGCAGGCCGUGCUCAGCCCCCUGUCCCCACCCCAGAGCUGAGGAUGAGUGUGGAUGUGCUUCCUCCCUGCCUCGCUGCCCUUCACCUGCUGUUACUCCUCUUCCAGUGGGCAGGGGCUGGGGGUGACCCUGCCAGUGUUUCCUGCUCCCAGUGCUGUCUGGGGGGCUCUGCCAACGCACAGAGCUGGAGAGGAUGCCAUAAUCUAUG